GCCAUCGAGUGCGGCGGUCCACCUCUACACUUAUUCCUAUACGAACUGUUCACUCUGUCACCGAGCCCCUUCAGUCCUCACGGGAACGACGACGGUUGUUGCUCCGUUUCGAACGUCUUUUGCCUCCUUUUUCACGCUUCUAGUCACUCUCCUACGUUCUACCUAUUGUGUGCGACUCGACUCUACCGACGAAACAAGGUAAAAUCCAUCUAUUUUUUCUCACGACCGCAGACCUUCCACGUCCAACCAGCUAGCGCACUCCGCGUGGAACCCUUCGUUUUAGUACAAAAUAUAAUAUUUUUUUAUCGAAAAGGUAACGGUUACGGUUAUUUAUUUUUUGGCGUUUUCCAAGGCAAAGACGUUUGAAGUCUUGUCCAAGAAUUUAAUGACAAUCAUCAAGUAAGUGUAAUAAAUUAAUAAGUGUUUAGCUCUAGUUAGCGUUUGGAGUUUCUUGAACUCGUCAGCGAGCGUUCGUUGAUAGUCACAGGCCGUCCUCGAUCACUACAUACAUAACAUAAAUAUAGAAACAAAAAGGGCCCAGUGCAACAGGAUUACUUAUUUAUUAGAUAAAAUAUCGCGCCCCGUACUCGAAAUCAAGUCAAUAUCAGUAAUAGGUAUAUAUCUACAUAGUUUGUGGAAUUUAGACAAUCAUACUCUUUGUAUAUAAAUUUAAAAAUAAUAAUAAAUCACUCUCGCACGCACAUACACACACACACACACACUCUUUCCUACGAGUUUCAAUUAAAUGACAUAUCUGAAUCAUUCGAGACAAUCUCACUUUGAAUCGCUCUUUUUACUACUAUUAUUAUCAAUAAGACACGAGGGUUGUGUGCAAAUAAUUUUCCAGUAUUAGCAUAUCUAUUUAUUGAGACUUAUUUAUUAUAAAUAAUAACAUUAAGGGUAAAUUGUAAUCCUAGGCUAAUUCGUUGUUUGUGUAACAUACAUAUCCGUAGGCUAAAGUUAAAUAAGUAUACACUAUAUAUUUUCAAGUAAGCAAAUCAAAGUUUAUAUUAUAUAUUAUAUAUAUCGUAUCAGAUAAGUAAAGCUCAGUUAUUUAUUACAGUCAAAAGAUAUUUAUUAAGCUAGGCUAAGGUAACUACUGAUAGACUUCACGGAGACAAUCGUGCAAUAUUGCAAAGAUACCAAAAACUCAAUCAAUAAAUCUAGAAAAGAAGACAAUCGAACGAGACAAUCGUGUAAGACGCGUUUUAACUAUCGCGUGAGAGGCGCUUUAGCUCUUCGCGCGCCACCCCCGCAAUCACGACGUACUUUUUCAACGCGCCCGGACAAUAUCCCUACGUAGUGCCCCUGUGUCCCGUGGUCCCCUGCCCGGCAGAGAUCCCCCCCGCAUACGCUCCUGCCCCAGCACCCUGUCCCUGUGGCCAAUGCGCCCCCCACAUGUACAAUAACCACCACCUGGCCGCCCCGAGUACGCUCAUAGUCAACCGGUUCACCGAAAUCAACUACUUCGACAACCCACCGAUUGCCACGUCGCCGGAAAAGUACGCCUACGAAAUGAGAGGAAGUGACGAAUUAUUAUCACAGUCAAACGUAUCAGUCAUGGCUCCUUCAGCGCCUCAUGCAGAUAACAACAAUCAAGAGAAUGCCAAGAAGGCGAAGCUGGAACAGAAUGUGGGCAAGCCGUCGCGCGUCAUACACAUCCGCAACAUCCCCAGCGACGUCUCCGAGGCGGAGAUCAUCCACCUGGGGCUGCCCUUCGGCCGCGUCACCAACGUUCUGGUGCUCAAGGGCAAGAACCAGGCCUUCCUGGAGAUGGGCGACGAGGCGGCCGCCACCUCCAUGGUCAGCUACUUCUCCAGCUGCAUAGCCCAGCUGAGAGGCAGGGCGGUGUACGUGCAGUACUCCAACCACAAGGAACUCAAGACGGACCAGACGCAUUCGAAUGCGAAUGCUUCUGCCCAGGCGGCUCUACAGGCAGCUCAAGCCAUUACACAAAACUCUGUGACGCCGGCAGCUACUCCAACUACUCCUGUUACAAAUGGCCAGGAUAUACAGGGUGGCCCCAAUACUGUCCUUAGGGUUAUUGUCGAGCACAUGAUUUAUCCAAUCAGCCUAGAUAUUUUACAUUUGAUAUUCCAACGUUUUGGAAAAGUACUGAAGAUUGUUACUUUUACAAAAAACAACUCAUUCCAAGCGUUAAUCCAGUACCCAGACACACAGUCUGCCCAGACAGCCAAACAGGCCCUAGAUGGUCAGAACAUCUACAAUAGCUGCUGCACGCUGCGUAUUGACUAUUCCAAGAUGUCUUCGCUGAACGUCAAAUACAACAAUGACAAGUCCAGGGAUUACACAAACCCCAACUUGCCCACUGGAGACACCAACGACCAGCUGGCCCUAAGCGGUGGUUUAGCGGGAGGACUGGGAGCGGAUAUUCUGCUGCUCGCUACUCAACCAAGGUUGGCUAGGGAGAGGUUGGCUGAUUCCAUAUUAGCUGGAGCACCUGGUGUUCUCAGCAGCCCCUUCAUGCAUGGCCUGGCAUCCCCCCUAGCAGCACCAUAUGCAGGUGGAGUAGCAGGGGCCAUCCCGGGUCUAGGCAGCUUUGCCCUGGGUCAGACGGCACCAGGAUUGCGGGGCCUUACCACUCCAGGCAUGGCAAUGGCCACCGUACUACUGGUCAGCAACUUGAACGAAGAGAUGGUCACGCCUGAUGCUCUCUUUACACUAUUUGGCGUCUACGGUGAUGUGCAAAGGGUGAAGAUCCUUUACAACAAAAAGGACUCUGCUCUCGUCCAACUCGCUGAACCACAUCAAGCUCACUUAGCCAUUACCCAUAUGGACAAGCUCAAAGUGUUCGGCAAGAACAUCCGAGUGAUGUUGAGCAAACACCAGUCAGUACAAAUGCCCAAAGAAGGCCAGCCUGAUGCUGGUUUAACCAAAGACUACAGCCAGAGUCCACUGCACAGAUUUAAGAAGCCGGGUUCCAAGAACUACCAGAAUAUCUAUCCACCAUCGUCGACGCUGCAUCUCAGCAACAUACCGGCUACCGUUAAUGAGGAUGACAUCAAGGAAGCCUUCACUAAGAACGGAUUCACUGUCAAGGCUUUCAAAUUUUUCCCAAAAGACAAGAAGAUGGCACUUAUCCAGCUGCCCAGCAUGGAGGAGGCCGUCAUUGCACUGAUAAAGAUGCACAACUACCAGCUGUCGGAAUCGAACCACCUGAGGGUCUCCUUCUCAAAAUCGAGUAUAUAAUGCGACCUGUAAAUCCAAAAGAACAGUAUUCAUUCCAUUAGGCCAUGUCACGAGUCAGUGAGACGUGGCAACGACAUGGUAGCUAAAUGAAAUAAUGUAACACAGCGCUUAUUUAUUGAUUAAUAAUAUAUAGACUGUUAUUUGGCAGGAUUAGCUUUUUUGAGUAUGUUGACAGAACAGUAUGAUUUAGUAUUUUUUAAAAUUGUAUUGUUAGGUUAGUUUUACGUUACGUAAAUUAAGUAUUUUUUUAUGGUUUAGUAUUAAUGAUUUUUUUUUUCUAGUUUCUCGUAUGUUUUACUCAAUUGUAUAAGUAUUCUUUUGUUUCUUGUAUGCGUUUGGUAUUCAGUAUUGGACGGCUUUAACUCUUAAGCAACUGUUAGAAAAAUUUAGGGUUAUGAAGAAGAAGGAAUCGCCGCGAUGUUAUUUUUUGUAAGUUUAUAGAGAAAUGUUUAUCUCAUGUUGUAUAGAAACACUUGUAAGGGCUGCUUCGUGCACGGUUUGCGACACGAACAUGUCCAAUAGUAUUAUAUGGCUAGUAUUGUUAGUAUGUCGCGGAAUUUUUAGAAUAAUUAGUUUUUAGCCAGUGACUAGUUUAGGGCAACCACAGGGUUUAGCUGUACCCUAGAGAUAUGAACGUUUCCCUCAGUAUUGGGACACGGUUCAUAUUUUUUCGAGGCAGGCAAUCAUGUUUCUCCACUCAAAUCUCAUAGCGAAUCUCUCUUAAGUUGUCUCAACAUGCUUGCCUGGAACGGUGCGCCAUAAACGCGGGUUUCACUGAAAUCGAAGAAAUUGAAUGUGAGACGUGCGUUGGCGCCCUCGGGAAAUUCUACGUUCAUCUAUCUAUAUUAUACUUACACUUGACAAUCAUGAUCAUACUUUUAAAAUGCAAAUACUGAAUAGGAACGCGUGAGCUACAUCUCCCUAUGUCUAUCUCUGUCUAUGAAAAAAAGGAAAUUUCUGCUACGUUCGUUUGAGAUGACAUAUCGCACACGCAGCAUUUGCCAAAUUCGAAGUCAAUAUCUACAAUAUUAUAGUUGUGUGACUGUACGUACGUGUUGAAAGAUAUAUUUUUUUAUCUUCUGUCAUUUUUAAGUACGCACAAUGUGUCUUUCAUGGAUGUCGUUAUUAGUUUUUUAUAUGUGUAACCUUUUCUUUGAUUUGACGCUGUUUUUUUUUGUAUUCAUUUAUCCGCGCCUCUCAGGUUUAUUUUUAAUUUGUAACCUUAAAACUCUGUACUCCUGCAUUUAGUAUUCUUAGAAGUCUUACUUCUUUUUUGAUGUUUAUUAAACAUUUCGUUUAUAUCA